AUGGAGCAAAAACCUAGCAACAUAAAUUUGUCUGGAUUAUCUUUGUAUCUUGGAAAUCUCCUUUGCGGUAUCAGAAUUAAAGGUUUCCUUUCAAUUUUAAUUUUGUGUUUGCAGUGUUUGUGGAAUUGGGCCUCUGAAAAUUGGAAGAGUUGGGCCAAGCGUAAUAAUCCAGAGCAAGCAGCGAAGCAGAGUUCGAGGUGCAUUGAAGAUGGUGUAAGACUGUGCAAAGAAGAAGUGAUUGCGGUGAUGGAAAAGCUGGGAAUUAGUGUUGAAAGAGGAGGGGAUGGAAUAGAGGACUUUGGUGAAGGAGAAAUCAGUGAGAUGUUCGAAAAUGAGGCAACUGUGGCAGAGUUGGAAGAAGCUUUUCAUGUGUUUGAUGAAAACAAAGAUGGGUUUAUUGAUGCCACUGAGUUGCGGAGGGUGUUGUGUUGUUUGGGUUUGGAGAAAGACUUUGUGCAGUGUCAGAAAAUGAUUCAUGCGGUUGAUCAAAAUGGAGAUCAAUUAAUUGACCAUGCUGAGUUUGUCCUCUUUAUGGAACAGAGUUUUUGUUGA